AAAGGGCAGGCAGGGAUAAAGAGGGAGGGACAGAGGGAGGGAAAGGAACCAGGACUUUACAGAACUCAGCCUGCAGAGAGAACUGGUGGAACAAGAAGGAAGAUCACCUUUUCCAAGCUCCACUACCUUCUUUUUGACAGAGACAAAUCAGCUCUGAAAUGAUGACAAUAAGUGAAGCUUUUGUGGUCCUGAUAAUUCUUUUGUUAAUUGUUGAGUUUUUCAAACUGCGAAAGGCAUGCAAGCAAUUACCUCCUGGACCAACUCCUCUCCCGUUGCUUGGAAACUUGGUGCACCUGAACUUUCAGUUUCAUCGGGAUCUUCUGAUGAAGCUGGCAAAAACUCAUGGUAACAUAUAUACUUUGUGGUUUGGGUCACACCCAGUGAUCAUACUGAAUGGAUAUCAAGCAGUGAAGGAUGGCAUGACUACACACCCUGAAGAUGUUUCUGGGCGCAUGGUGUCACCUUUCUUCAGAGCACUAGCCAAAGGAAAAGGUAUUAUACUGGCAAGUGGUCACCACUGGAAGCAGCAGAGACGCUUUGGUGUAACGACUCUACGCAGUCUGGGAAUGGGGAAAAAAGUCCUGGAGUACCGAGUGCAAGAGGAGGCCUCUCACCUGGUGGAGUUCUUUGUGAACCUAAAAGGAAGACCUGUGGAUCCUUCUUUCCCUCUUUUCCAUUCUAUUUCAAAUGUAAUUUGUGCUCUGGUUUUUGGAUAUCACUUCUCUGAUGAGGACAAAACCUUCCUUGAACUGAUCAGUGCCACAGAGUAUUUAUUCAGAUUUCUAGGAAGCUUUGUUUAUCAGCUGUAUGAAAUCUUCCCCUGGCUGAUGUGCCGUCUCCCCGGUCCUCAUAAGAAAGCACUAUCUUGCUAUGAGGUCCUGAGCUCUUUUGCAAGGAAGGAGAUCAGAAGACAUGUGGAGAGAGGGAUGCCAAACGAACCACAGGAUUUCAUUGACUUUUACCUGGCUGAGAUGGAGAAAUCUAAAGAUGGGGUCAAGCCCAAGUAUGAUGAGGACAAUUUGGUAUAUACUAUAAAUGAUCUUUUCCUCGGUGGAUCAGAGACCUCAAGCACAACAUUGUACUGGGGACUGCUCUUUAUGGUAGUGAAUCCGGACAUCCAAGAGAAAGUGCAGAAGGAGCUGGAUGCUGUUUUGGGUCCUUCCCAGUUAAUUUGCUACAAGGAUCGGAGAGAACUGCCGUAUACAAAUGCUGUGGUUCAUGAGAUCCAGCGCUUCAGCAACAUUGUCUUUGUCGGCAUGCCCAGAGUGUGUGUGAGGAACACAACAUUGUUAGGAUUCCCCCUCAAAAAGGGCACCAUCAUUGUACCAAAUAUAGCAUCUGUUCUGUAUGACCCUGAGCAAUGGGAGACACCUCGACAGUUCAACCCUGGCCAUUUUCUGGAUGAAGAAGGAAACUUUGUAUCUCGGGAAGCCUUCUUACCAUUCUCAGCAGGGCACCGUGUGUGUUUGGGGGAGCAUCUAGCGAGGACCGAGCUCUUUAUUUUCUUUGCCAGCCUGCUGCGGGCAUUCACCUUCCGGCUCCCCGAGGGGGUGACGAAGAUCAACACAGAACCCAUUUUGGGGGGUACACUGCAGCCCCACCCGUACAGGAUUUGUGCCAUUCCACGCUAGGCUGAAGCACGUCACAGACCAGCAUGAGACAGCCACCUUCAGCUCAGUGAAUUUCCUCUCAAAUGUACAAAUCUUCUACUAGCCACAAUAUUGAUAUCAGUCUAUGCCAGGGCUAUUCAGAAAUCAGAUACAAGCCAAAAUCCAGACUGCCGGUAUUUUUGGUCUGGUCCUUAUGAAAGUCCCAGAUAUUCUUGCAAGGAUCUUAACCAUUUUCUCCUCUUGGAGAGCACUUGAAGUAAGAUGCUAUGGUUCCCGGCUGAAGCCACGUGCUGUGUCUCCUUGGCCUCACCAAGCAGAAUUGUCAUGAUGCUCACUCCUGAGCAAACCUCAGUAAAAUUCAUAGAAUUAUAGAAUGGUUUGGGUUGGAAGGGACCUUAAAGACCAUCUAGU